AUGUCUACAUCUACGGCAUCUACGAUACAUGAAUAUUUCGAACGAAAGGCUUCAGAAUGGAAUAUUAUUGAUUUCCUUGAAGAAUGUGAUUUGGAACCUUAUACGAAAAAGAUAGAGGAAUAUCUUAAAUGCCUUGAAACAAUUGUUAAUACGGAGAAAGAUCAAAGACAUGAGAAAGCUCAGGAAUUGCUCGAUAAUUAUAAACAGGCAACAAAAGAAUGGAAUAAUGAACGUUCGCGUAAGCAGAUUUAUCUCCAUCAACCAACUAUAAAGCAUUCACAUAAGCAAUUUCAUUUCCAUCAGCCAACUAUAAAUAUGACUAUGAACGGGAUGACAAAUGGUGUAAAUGGGACUAUAAAUGGUGGAGAAUUCAAUGUAAGACUUCCGCUAAAGAAGGACAAUCAGGAAGAGAAAGAUAUGUAA